GUCGUUUUUGAUCUUCCUCCCCCUCGCGGGCUGUCAAUCGUCGCCCGCUUUCUUCACUCAACAAAAACAGCCAACACUUCAUCUUCAUUGCUACCGUUGUGUGACCAACAUGAUUCUGUUCGCCCGACGGAAACUCCCAUUGCCAAUCCCACUGCAGUAUCUCGUCUGCAAAGCCGUUCUCUCACCCCAACCCUUCCAAAACCCUAACCCUAGCCCUUGCGCUAAAACCUCCCCUUUCUCCACCCAGUCCUCCAAAUUCCCCGAGUACGAGAUGCCGUCCGUCACCUGGGGGGUGGUCCAGGGUCGCAAGGAGCGACUCGUAUCCCGCGUCAUCAUCUCUGACUAUCUAAAGUCCAUAGGCGUCAUCCCCAACGAGCUGGAGCAUCUCGAGCUCCCUUCCACCGUUGAAGUAAUGCGUGGCCGCGUCGAGUUUCUCCAGCGCCUCGGACUUACCGUGGACGACAUGAACGAAUAUCCCCUUAUGCUGGCCUGCAGCGUCCGGAAAAACAUGAUCCCAGUCCUCGGCUACCUCGAAAAGAUUGGCAUCAGCCGCUCCAAGCUCGGAGAGUUCGUUCGAAACUACCCCCAAGUUCUCCAUGCUAGCGUCGUCGUCGAGCUUGUACCCGUCAUAAAGUUCCUACGCGGCCUCGAUGUUGAGCGCCACGAUAUCCCUUACGUUCUCCAGCGCUACCCAGAGCUGCUCGGUUUCAAACUCGAGGGCACCAUGAGCACUUCGGUCGCUUAUCUCGUCAGUAUCGGCGUCUGGCCGAGGGACAUCGGCCCCAUGGUGACUCAAUACCCUUAUUUACUUGGCAUGCGAGUUGGAACCACCAUCAAACCUCUAGUCGAAUACAUAAUAUCCCUCGGAGUUCCCAAGAGGAUUCUUUGCAGAAUGCUUGAGAAGAGGACGUAUAUUCUUGGGUAUGAUCUUGAAGAGACCGUGAAGCCCAACGUUCAUACUCUACUCAGCUUUAGUGUGCGGCUGGAGGCCCUGCCAUCCUUGAUUGCCCAAUAUCCGCAGAUUCUUGGGUUGCCUGUAAAGGCUAAGUUGUCGACCCAGCAAUACUUUUUCAGCUUGAAGCUUAAGAUAGACCCUGAAGGAUUUGCUCGAGCUUUGGAGAAGAUGCCUCAGAUUAUUAGUCUCGCUCAGAAUGUUAUUAUGAAGCCGGUGGAUUUCCUCAGGGGUAGAGCCAUUCCUGAUGAGGAUGUUGCCAGGAUGAUUGUGAAGUGUCCCCAACUGCUCGCAUGCAGUGUUGUGCUGAUGAAGAAUAGUUACUAUUUCUUCAAGAGUGAAAUGAAGAGACCGAUGAAGGAGCUAUUUGAAUUUCCGGAGUAUUUCACCUACAGUUUGGAGUCAAGAAUUAAGCCGAGGUAUCACAAAUUGGCUAGCAAGGGGAUUAGGUGCAGUUUGGCUUGGCUUUUGAAUUGCAGCGAUCGGAGGUUUGAGGAGAGAUUACGGGCUGAUUACAUUGAAGAAGAUACCGCAGGACCUUCUUUCCUUAUGGGCGGAAAGUUAGAGAUGCCUGGGAGUUAUCUGGUAUCUGAGCAGGAAGAUAGUGACAGUGACAAUGAAGUACUUUACAGGAGGACUGUUUCUCUGUAACAUAUUUAUUUGCACUUGUGGCUUCUUUGGCGGCUAUUGAAGUUUUUUAUGCUGUAGUUGCCAUGGAUGCAAUCAGUGCCGGCACUACGAGCUCCUUCUGCAUAAUGCCCUGUAAUGUCAUCUUAGAUUCAGCUUGCCGGCAAUGUUGGAUGAGUUCCUGGCCAUAAGGUGGCGGGUCUCAUUUCAACACCUUGGAGGAAGGACCGGAGAAAAAUGAUCCCUCGUCUCACUUCCUGUUUGUGGUUUUCUUUAAUUUUGGUCCUAGUGGAAGAGGCUCUAACAGUGAGAAUCUUUGAGUAGAGAAAGAAGGCUUGAAGGAGGACAUGCCAGAAAGACAAAUAACAGGUAUUAAAACAAAGCUAGUCACACUAACACUGUUAUAUAUUUUGUUAUCAUUAAAUUUAAGCAUGUUUUUUAUUUGGAAGAGGAUGUGUCAGAAGGGAAAUAAUAUGUAAUAAAGCAAAGCUAGUUAUUUGUUUUCAUUAAAUUUAAGGCUGUUAGUUUCUAGUAAUUUAGUUAUUAUUUUAUCAUACAUGAUUAGUACUGAUUUAUCUUUGGAAGAGGAAGUGUCAGAAUGAGAAAUGACAUGUAUUAAAGCAAA